UUCCGGUGAGAGUUCCGGUUUCGGACUUCAUUCAAUCAUGCCGAUGUUGGAGCGUAUGGCAUCAGGAAAUUUAGGUGUUUUGGAGCACCACGAAAUUCCUCCAACAGCACGGUUUGUGUUGCCUCCUAUCCAGGACAACCCUACGGGAUGGGGACCAUGCACAAUACCGCCUCAGUAUCAGGAUAUGCCAUACCAACCUUUUGCAAAGAGCGACAGGCUCGGAAAGGUAGCAGACUGGACUGGUGCGACGUACCAAGACCGUCGGGCUGCGAACAAAUACAGCUCUCAGUUUGGGUCUGGGACCCAGUAUGCAUACUACCACGAGGAGGAUGAGAGCACCUUCCAGUUGGUGGACACGGCACGCAUGCACAAACCCAUGCAUCAGCGAGGACGUUUCCGCAUGAACCAUCAACGCAACAUGCGCAAUCGUGAGCGUCAAAAGCUGGUGCAGCAGCAACAGCUGCAAGUCCUAUCCAAGUCAGCCAAGGGACGAGAACGGGAACGUCUGCAGCAAGUGCGCAAGUGGCAGAAGCAGAUGCGACAAAAGUUUGACAACAAGGGUCAAGUGGGUCAAGUGAAGAACCGUGAAGCCUCAGUCAACGUUCGCCCGACAUGGAAGGUGCUGGAAGAGAUGGAUUUUCCUCGCUUGGGAAAGCUCUCCUUGCCAGGAAUUUCUGAAGGGAAGGACGUAUACACGUGCGGCUCUAUCGAGUAUUUUGAUAAGGCUUACAACCUGGUCACCUGCAAGAACGAGAAGCCCCUGCAACGCAUCAACCGCAUCUUCCACAAGGUCACUACAACUGACGAUCCCAUCAUUCGCCAGCUGGCCAAAACUGAGAACUACCGCAUCUUUGCCACGGACGCCAUUGUAGCUUGCCUAAUGUGUGCCGGCCGUUCUGUCUAUUCGUGGGACAUCAUUGUGCAGCGCGUCAACGACAAGCUCUUCUUUGACAAACGUGAUGACUCUGAGUUCGACCUGCUGACAGUGAAUGAGACUGCGGCAGAACCUCCGCAUGAAGAAGGCAACAGCAUUAAUUCUCCGCGCAACCUGGCUUUAGAAGCUACGUUCAUCAACCACAACUUCUCUCAGCAAGUACUCAAGAUGGGCGAAGAGAAGCAUAGCUUUGAAAAGCCAAACCCAUUUGUACAAGAGGAGGAAGAGGGAGAAGUGGCCUCAGUAGCCUACAGGUACCGCAAGUUUGAACUGGGAGAAGAUGUGGGGCUUAUUGUACGCUGCGAGCACGAUGGUGUCACUUUCGGCCCCAAUGGGGAGCUGCAGUACAUCAGCAUCAAGGCGCUCAACGAGUGGGAUCCCCGCACCUCUGGUGGCAUUGACUGGCGUCAGAAGCUUGACACCCAGAGAGGAGCUGUCUUGGCCAAUGAGCUGAAGAACAAUUCUUGCAAACUGGCCAAGUGGACUGUGCAGGCUCUAUUGGCUGGAUCAGACCAGAUCAAGUUUGGGUAUGUGUCUCGUGUGCAUGUACGCGAUUCAUCGAAACAUGCCAUUUUGGGCACUCAACAGUUCAAGCCCAAAGAGUUUGCUGACCAGAUCAACUUGAACAUGGACAACGCAUGGGGUAUUUUGCGAUGCAUUGUUGACUGUUGCCUGCGUCUUCCUGAAGGGAAAUACCUGAUCAUGAAGGACCCCAACAAGCCCGUCAUCCGGUUGUACGACAUUCCGGACAACACCUUUGAAACAGAGAAUGAGGCUGAAGAGGAAGAUGACGAAGAGGAUGAGGACAGUGAAGGGAAGAAGUACGAAGCACCAUGAAACUUCAAUAAAGCUCUCCCACUUGA